AUGACACAACCCUAAGAGAGUGGCGCGAGGGUAGCUGCUGUACGCAAAACCUCAAAACCCCUCAUCCUAAAACCCUCUUUCUUUAGCUUCUUUCUCUCUCAAACUGUGUUCGUCUCUUUCUUAACUCUCUCAUCACCUGAACGUGAGAAGCUUACCCGAGAGACGCUUCGAACCGAAUAUUAUCGCCGAUUGAUACUAUUGAGGCGAUGAGCCAGCUUCAGAGGAGCCUGUUAUUCGCUUCUUCUUCCACUAACGCAAUUUCUUCCUCUGUAUUUUCUACUGCUCCCUCUGCUUCUUCCUCCUCCCGACUCCGUCCUUUCACGACCAAGUUGCAGGGCAGCAAUCUUCAAAAUUAUACUAGCAAAUGCAUACCUGUUUUACCAUUUCCCACUGCUUGUAGUUCAGCCAGAUGUUCUCAGCUUGUUUUUAGAAAAGGUGGAGUAACAUUUGCUGUCAAGACUGUACGUGCAAAGGCUGGGCCAAGUGUUUUCACUCUGUAUUCCUGCUUACCAUUGAGAUUUCCUCAUUCUGCUGCAUCACCAAAUGCUUCUAACCAACAGCUGUUAAAUGGCACUUUUACACAUAAACCUCCUAAUUAUAGAGCGUUUGGAAGGAAGUUCUUUUCUAACACAACAGAAGCAAAUUCAAGCAAUCAGUUGGUUGGAGCUACAAAGGAGGCAAAUCUAGUUUCAUCUAGUUCUUCUUCAUCCAUUAGGAAAACAUCCAAGGGUUUGAAUGAAAAGAAGUCUUCGAGCAAGAAAAAGAAAGAAGCUAUUUCUUCAGCCAAUGGCAAUGUUGAAGCCGUAUGCAAGGAUGGUCAGUCAAUGAGCUUUGAUAGUAGCAAUACUGACCUGGAUGUUGUACAAGAUCCAAAGAAAAAUGUAACCGAGAGCAGUUCCAAAGAUGCUGCUUCAACCCAACAACAACCCAAUAAGAAAAAACGUAACUCCAGCAGAAAAAAAGAAGUUUCAAAAGAUACUAAUAAGUUGCCACAGGAGGCAAACGUCGUAUUUGAUGCAAGGUGGACAUCUCAGGGAAGGACCAGUUUCAAGCAGCUAUAUCCCCCAAUGGGAAAAUCUGUUAUGGUGGUGGAAUCUGUUACAAAGGCAAAAGUUAUUCAGAAUUAUCUUGGUGAUAUGUUUGUGGUGCUACCUAGCCAUGGCCAUGUUAGAGACUUGGCUGCGAAGUCAGGUUCUGUAAGACCUGAUGAUGACUUCAGUAUGGUGUGGGAGGUUCCUUCUGCUGCUUAUACUCAUCUCAAAAACAUGAAAGUUUCUUUAAAUGGAGCAGAGAACCUUAUUCUUGCAUCUGAUCCAGAUCGAGAAGGUGAAGCUAUUGCGUGGCAUAUAAUUGAGAUGUUGCAGCACGAGGAUGCUCUACAUGAAGGUAUUAGCAUAGCGAGGGUUGUUUUUCAUGAAAUAACAGAGGUUUCUAUAAAGAGUGCGCUGCAAUCUCCUAGAGUAAUUGAUGCAAACUUGGUCCAGGCUUACCUUGCACGGCGUGCUUUAGAUUAUUUGAUUGGGUUUAAUAUUUCACCAUUAUUAUGGAGGAAAUUACCAGGUUGCCGAUCAGCUGGGCGUGUUCAAUCAGCUGCACUCGCCCUAAUAUGUGACAGAGAAAUGGAAAUUGAUGAAUUUCAUGCACAAGAAUAUUGGACUAUUGACAUUAAGUUGAACCAAAAAGAUACUUGUUCUUCAGUGGAAGAUUUUGCAGUCCCUGCGCAUUUGACCCAUUUUGAUUCUAAGAAGUUAAAUCAAUUUGCAAUUAGCUCCAACAUGGAGGCAAAGAAUAUAGAAUCUGUGCUGAAAUCAGUAAAUUUUCAAGUGCUUAGCUCUAAAAAAAAUAAAGUGCGGAGAAACCCUCCAAUGCCAUAUAUAACAUCUACACUUCAGCAAGAUGCAGCAAGUAAAUUUAAUUUCUCAACAACUUACACAAUGCAGGUUGCCCAGAAACUUUAUGAGGGAAUUCAACUGGCUGACGGAAAGGCAGCUGGCCUAAUAACUUAUCUUAGAACAGAUGGGCUACAUAUCUCUGAUGAAGCUGUUAAGGACAUUCGCUCCCUGAUUAUGCAACGAUAUGGGAAGGAUUUUGUACCUGAAAGUGGGCCCAAAUAUUUUAAGAAGGUGAAGAAUGCUCAAGAGGCUCAUGAAGCAAUCAGACCCACUGAUGUGCAACGAUUACCCUCAAUGCUAGUGGGAAUACUUGACGAAGAUUCUCACAAACUAUACUCUCUUAUUUGGCUCAGAACGGUGGCAUGUCAAAUGGAAUCUUCUAUCACUGAACAGAUUCAAAUUGAGUGUGGACCUCCGGAUGAAUCCAUCAUUUCUCGAUCUACAUGCUCAAGAGUUCAAUUUCGUGGAUUUCAAGAAGUUUUUGAGGAUCCAGAAGCUGAUGCGGUCAAACAUAAAGACCAUGAAGAAAACGGACGGGAUGAACUAUUCAGAAUUCUGAAUGCCUUGAAGCCAGGGGAUCAAUUGUCUCUUGGUGCCGUUGAACUCAAGCAACAUUUUACCCAACCCCCACCCCGCUAUUCUGAGGGAACAUUGGUUAAAAAGAUGGAGGAGCUAGGGAUUGGAAGACCUUCCACAUAUGCAACCACACUAAAAGUUUUAAAGGACAGGAAAUACGUGUCAGUGAAAAGUCGUGUUCUACAUCCAGAGUUUCGUGGGCGCAUGGUAUCGGCAUUUCUUUCUCAUCAUUUCUCUGAGGUCACCGAUUAUAGUUUUACUGCAGACAUGGAAAAUGAGCUUGAUAAUGUCUCGGCUGGUUUAACUGAAUGGAAAGGCCUCCUAAGAGAUUAUUGGACCCGGUUCAGCUCAUAUUUUGAACGUGUUAAUAGUGUUCAUAUUCAUCAGGUGGAAAAGAUGUUGGAGAAGAAAUAUGGGGACUUCUUAUUUUCUUUUCUUCCUGAUAAUUCCAGAGCAUGUCCAAGUUGUCAGGAGGGCACUCUGAUCUUCAAACUUAGUCGGUUUGGUCCUGGCUAUUUCAUAGGUUGUGAUCAACACCCAAGAUGCAAGCAUAUUGCAAAAACGUUACAUGGUGAGGAUGAAGACAAUGACAACAGUUUUAAAGAGCCAAAAUUGCUUGGUCUUCAUCCAGAUUUGAACGAAAAGAUUCUAUUGAAGAAAGGUCCAUUUGGGUUUUAUGUACAACUUGGCGAGGACAGGAAAGGGUUCUUGCCCAAAAGAGCCUCUCUUUCCCAGAUAAAGGACGUGAGUUCUAUUACUCUCGAGGAUGCUGUUGAACGUUUAUGCUACCCGGUUACUUUGGGAAAACAUCCAAAGGAUGGCGAACCAGUGAUAAUAAAGAUGGCAAGAGUUGGGUUCGCAGUUGGACAUCGACGCACGACAGCUUCCAUUCCUGAGAAUUUGAAGCCAAACGACAUCGAUUUAGCGAAAGCGUUGGAGCUUCUGUCUAGUAGCAGUAUUAGGAGGUCUGGGCGAUCUAAAAGCAACCCCAAGGUUGCAAGCUGUUGAGAUCUUUUAAGCUUAUUAGAAUAGGUGAUUUACGUGCUGCCCUUUGGCUUCGUUUACUCAUUUUUAUCAGCCACACGAGGCAAGUUUUUUCAUUUGAUUUUUUACUUUUAUUAUAAAUGUAGCUUCCUUUAGGGUUUUAUUCCACCUUUAUUAUUUAUUUUGUAUUGGGAUUCGAUUCGUUCGAUCAUCAUAAUUAAUUUUACGAUGAUAAAAAAAAUUGCAUAGAA